AUUUUAUCACCAAAUCCCGAGUCUUCAAAAACACCGUCCUUUCUCACAGUCACAAAAUACCUAAAGUCAAAGUUCCUUGCUUUUUAGAACACUAUUUUACAAUCGAAAACGCCCCCGUACACAUUCCAUACAGUUCCAAGUUGAAAAAACCUUGUUAGAGAAUUUAUAAUUUCUUCCCCCUCCAGUAGAACCACGGUAGUUUAGAAGGUGAUGGUUGUCCAAUUUGAAAUCAAUGGAAUCCAAUGGUAAAAAUCCCAACUCCCAUGAAAAUCAGCCUACAAGGGGCUCAAAUAAUUCUAGCAAAGAGCAAUCAACUACAAAAGAGGUUUUUAUUAACCAUGCUGAGAUAAGUUGGCAUGAGAUGAGAAGACAAUGGGUUGGUGAUCAGUCUCGAAGGUCAAAAAGAAUUCCCCGAGAGCCAAUAAUGAGCUGGACCACAACUUAUGAGGAUUUACUUUAUUCUACUGAACCUUUUCAGCAGCCAAUCCCAUUAGCUGAGAUGGUGGAUCUUUUGGUUGACGUCUGGCACGAGGAAGGCCUAGAUGACUAAAUCAUUGAGAAAUUUGUGAUAGUUGCACUUGCACAUAUUUUUGUUUCAGAUUGAUGAAAGAUGAAGCAGAACUCAUAGGUUAUAUGGAUUACGAACUUUAACUGCUAAAAUCGAUUAGGCUAGUAUAGUCAAUUCUCUUGUUCCUGACUUAUGAACAAGAGAAAUAUGGUGUAGAAUUAACUGACAGCCAAAGCUAGUGAAUUCAUCAGAAUUUGCUGUUGACAACCAACAAACGUUAUUGAACUAAACUUCAGCAGAAGUAAAUUUCUUUCUGGGUAGUAAAAAUCUGUGUUUUUGGCAACUCUCCUUCGUUGUUGAUGCUUGAGAUUGCUCUGGUCCAUAUUUAUGGCCAUUCUGAUAAUUAUAGCUAUGGUAAAAGAAAGGUGAGAAGUAAAUGGGAUUGAUUUUA